GCCUGUGUAUUACUGUUCACUCAACCACUCAACCACUCUUCCACUUAUUUAAAGGGAUGCCCAUGAUUCGAUUCUCAGCCUCAGAUUGAACAGGAGGGGACACAGUUGUUCAGGCCAACCCUCAUUUGACCGUAGCAGGUCCCCAACAUAGCUGUUUGGGUUGCACACCGAGCAAGGUUAUCCUAAAUUCAUCCACUGUUGGAUUUGUUCACCGGUGGUAAAGUGUCAAGACUUGGAGACAGUGUUCUUUUACCAAGGAAGGAGGACGUAGCUCGCUCAAGCGGAAGUGUAGAAGGAGCAGGCGACGCAAGUAUCACCGCCUAAGAUGUCACCCAAAUUAGAGCGUGCAAAGGAAGUCAUCGAGCUGCAAUUCAGUCACGAAAUCUUACUUAAACACCGAGAGCAUCGUCUUGUUAGUCAAGAACUGGCAAAAUGCCAGGUCGCUUUGGAGCAACUGCGCCGAUGCCACUUGAUCCCAUACCUCGUUAACGUCCCAACGCCAGAACGAAUGUUGAAUGUCACUAACGGGCAAGGGCCGGCGCUCCAAGCGAAUAUGAGUGUCCAAGUACCUCAGUGGGCGCCAGCUUUUGGUGUUGUCGAUGGGCCGUAUGCUCGACAUCUCGCCAAGUGGCUCAUUCCUGACCCCAAGUUUGACGGUAUCCCGGCACCGACUCUAGUGCAACCUGAAAAUACGCGAACCUGGAAUUCAGUUGAUGCUCGUCUCGGUAGGAACAGUACCGACAAGGCAGGAGUCGCCCGGAACAGGGGCCGAAGGACUCGUGGAUUAGCUGGCCAGAAACUCCAAGCGCUACCUUAUGACUACUCGCAACCCAGGGGCAAGGCUGGGCCCUGUAUCUUGAAACGUACUUCCGAUGGCAAGAUAAUCAAGAGCCAUGAGGAAGCAGCGAUUGCCUGUGGUCAUUCUAUUAACCGCGACAAAGCUGGCGGUAUAGCAGGUGUGCAGCCAUCCGUGGUUCAUCCAGCGCCCAUCCCGACUGGGCCAGCCCAUAUUUUCGCUCAUGGGGACGCGAUGACCUAUUUAAAUGCAUGCUUCUCUGUUACCAAGCGCAUUGACGAUUUGCUGGAGUCGUCCUUAUCGGACGCUCCCAACUUGGCUGAAUUGGCCAAGAAGAAGGGCCUCGACAUUAACAUUACUGAAUUGGUGCGUGAAGCUAAGACCAAAGUCGAGUGGGAUUUUCUUUUGUCUUUAGACGACAAGAUGGAUGAUAGGAAGGAUGACUUCCCAGAUGGCGAGAUUGACCCUGUUGAUUAA